UAAAGUCCAAACAUGGCGAAAUCAACAUUGGUUUUCGAAAAAAACAUAUCUUUUAAACUUAUUUUACAACUGUUUUUAUGGAAAGAGAUUUAACAAGUGUGGUGCUUAGUAUUCUAUGUAUUUUACUCUUUCACGUUGGAGGCUCCUACCUACCUAGAAAGCAAAGUUUUUUACCUUUCAACGUUUGCAAAUUUCCGAUUUUAUGCAUUCAGUAUUCGAAUUCGAUGAUAUGGCUCUGUCCUGAAGCCCUCCUGCGGUAAUUUUACAAUACAACGGAUAGAGAUAUGUUCGUUCCGACGCAGAGUAUUUUCAACCAAGUUUUACUCUCUUAAAUAUAAUGGCAGAAGAAGAGAUUUUAUCGGAUUUUGAUUUGGACCUAGCUCUAGAAGGGCUGGCAAUGCGAGGUGAUGUGAAUGAGAUGGAGAAACUCGUUAAAACAUUGGGAGAACAGAUCAAAUUGUCGAAAGAAAGUAUGAAGAAAGAAUGGAAAGCUUUAACAGAAGAAGCGCAAAUCUGCAUGGAAACUGAUGCUACUUCAAUUAAAGACUUCACACAGUACCUGCAGGACAAGGUUGAACUGGAAGGCCACAUGUGCAGCACAGAACCAAUAAAUUUAAAUGUGUUUCUAACCAAUGUGGUGCAAGCAUUAGAAAGGAAUGUUGGUCAGGAGGAGAACAUUCUUGAUGAACUUACAAGCUUUGCCUCAGAGCAAGGUUUUAUCUUGCCAAACCCCGACAUUGAGUCAAGCAUUGACAACAUUCAACAAUCCACGGCUUCGUUGAAUAUCGUUUUAAGUGAGAAUGAGGAAACUACAACCUCAUUGUGGGAUAGAAUUAGAAGCAAGAUUGGUCGAGGGUUGCUCACCAGUAUUGACAAGUUGGAUCCCAAUCAGAGUAAAAGUGAAUUUGAAAUGGUGAUGUUUGGAGAGAAAAUAAAACUACUUGAAAAGCUGUGCAUAUUAUACUCGCGUGGUGAUGUUUGGAGAAAGUAUAUGUCAAUCCGAAAUCAGCAACUGAAACGGGCCCUUCAAAAUCCAGAAAAACUGGAAAUAAAAGAAGUUGAACAUGCAGUUGCCACAGACGAGGAUAUGUCUGCUGAGGCCAUGUGCUUGGAGCGUGUCAGUCAUGUUUUAGAUACGAUGUUUGAAGAAGAUUAUAAUAUCAUUUCUCUUGGCAUGUUCCCCGAAGCUGCCCAAAUGCAAUCCGAAGAGGUUUACAACGUGUAUUUGAAAGACUUCAAAAACAAGCUACGCGAAGUUAUAGAACGACUGAACACUCUCGGUAGAAGAGGCUCUGAGAAACCUGAAGACAGCGCAGGAAAUACUCUGUCUAAAAGAAUUUUCCUUGCUCUACGGCAGUGCUUGUUGGCUGCAUCGGAAGCCGAUGCUUGUACGAAGAAGUUUUUACUUAGUCUCACGCAGCAGAACUCAGGUGAAACAAGACAUAUGCUAGGAGGAGAUUUUGGUUCAUCUUUCUCUCUUUCUUCAAUAUCAACUUCGCAAGUCGAAGUCAACAGCACUGGCGACGUAGCUUCUUCAUCGGAAAUCUUUCCUGAAGACGUGGUACGUGACGAACCGGAGGACCUCGAUACGGACGAACACAUCUGGAGCUGGCAGGAAGAAUUCGUACCAAUGGUUAGUAAGCUGGCUUUGGCUAUAACCGAAAUUAUCCAAUCAGAGACCAGAGCGGCGCUUCAAAACGAAAUGGCGGAGUAUGAAAAGAGCCAUACGUCAUAUGCGGCAGAAGAAAUACCAGAAAUUCCCAUCAUGGAUGUUUCCGACUAUCCAAAACUGAUUUCAAAGAGUUGCAGUGUGAUAAUGGCAAAGUUAGAUGAGCUUGCGCCAUUUCUUUUUCUGAGCCCUGGAAAGGAAUUUGAAGCUGUGAGGAAUUCCUAUAUCGAGUCGCUAACAACCUGCUUGAUGUCAUAUCAGUCCAGACUCGUACAGAUAAGUUCAGAUGUACCCAGAUCAUCGCCGGUUCGAAAUCUUUACCUUGCUUUUAACUCGGCUAUUUUCAUCAAACUGGAACUCAGACGUUUUGAAGAAAGUUAUGGAAACAUUGCAGGGUCCUUAUCCGCGGUGUACAGUGACCUCGUUGAAUCACUGAAUGAAAAGAUCUUGAACUACCAUUUCUCCACGAUAGCGACAGUUGUUUUACAAGAUGUCUACAGCCACCAUUGGAUGAACCAAAAAGAAUUUUUUGAGGGCGAGCGAUGUUCGUUCUCAGUUCAAAUGUGGAAUUACUAUAUGCAAGGUCUACAGCACGACCUCUGGCUUGUGUGUCCGCCGUUAAAGUCUCAGUAUAUAUUCACUUCUGUUGUCCAAUACUCGUUGGCCUGUUUUGUCAGACGAUAUUCCAAGGUUUUGCCAUCCUAUAAGAGGACUAAGUUGUUCAGAUCAGAUAUCACAUCAAUCCUAUUCAUCGUCUCAUCUUGGAUGAUAUUCCCCGUGGCUACAACUUGCACCGACCUCUUUAAUCCACAACCAACACGAAACGUUAUUCUCGACAUUCACAACUCUUGUUCUGCAUUACUGGCAAUCAUGACCAUCGUAACCUGUCCUCUAGAGACUUUGUGUUUGUUUACGUCAGGGGGUGGGGAAGAAUUGAUCAAAGAAGGCGCUAGCACAACGACUUCAUGGUUGAGUUGGUUACAACCUGAGCUGUACGGAGAGCGCACAAAAAGCUUAACCUCCCUAAGCGAUACACAGGCCGUCAACAUCGUUUUCAGAGUGAUGAUAAACCAACCAAGUCCUUUGUGGCAACUCGUUCUUCAGACGGUGCUGCUGCGUGAUUCUUACUUGGCCGUGACGAUAGUAACAUAUUUAGAGCACCAACACAUUUAUUCCGAUAACGAAGACGAUCCUCCAUCUCAAACGCGAAAGCGAAGUGUUCAGUUUGGUGAUGUUGAUGGCGACUACUCGAAGAUCGUGGAAUCGCUAUAUUACGUCAUCUUAAAAUGCUCCAAACGUUCCACGUCGCUCGUUAAUUUUGUGAUAGCUCUGAUAAACAGAGAGAAUUCGUGGCAGAUGUUUUCAUCUACGGAAGGUUUACGGCUUGGUGAAGAAGAUAAGAUCCCAGUGUGGUUGGACUGCUUGUUCUCAACCUUUAAGCCUUUCGUGCAAAGACUUACAGAUCUCGCGUCAUCCACACUCUCUGUUAAAGACAAACCUGCAGCUAAACCGUUCAGGUUUGCUUCUAUGAGCUCCUUACCAUGUGGCUGCCACGUGAACAAACGUGAAGUGCCAAGGACAGUUGAUACGACUGUUUUGGUUUUCAGUAUGUUUGAACGAGUUUUGAAAACUCUGGCAUCGACUGUUCGUCUGCUACCAAACAUUCUUUUGAAACUUUUUACCAGAAUUGAAGAUGACCUUCGCCAACUUAGGCUGACUUCUGAUGAAACACCUUCCGCCGGGGUGAAGCUUCUAGGUAGCAUGUUGUAUCGGGUUUUCUCGUCGGUUAGUUGUGAAAACGUCCCUGAUGGUUCAAGGUGUCAAGAAGACGUGAUAAAUGAUUGCAAAACCUUGGCUCAGAUACUUUAUCAUGUGCUGCUGGGUGAUAUGAAAGGUCUGUUCGAGACAUGUAACUUGUCAAGUGCUUUGGAAACCAUGAUUAAAAACAAGAAAGAUUGGAUACAAGACCAAGUUAGGAAGAUCGGUGAUAUCAUUUGCGAAUCGGCCGGCGAUGAACCAAGCACAGAAUGUGAUCAAGAUGGUAGCUUUCAGGAUCUGCAGUUUCGUGUCAGGUCAAAAGAACUUUCCCUGGAUAGUAAAGGACAAGAGUCUUUGAAACAAGUCUACAACUUCUUUGCUGCUAAAAAGGACUGGAUACUUCGACGCAUUCCACUGGUUUCCCACUUGGGCCCGCUUCAACAUCCUUCCAAAACACGAGGUACCCCGGACACGUUCAACCCACAUUACGCCUACACCAACCUCGGAGAGUACUCCUUCAAUCACGAAAGUUUGGAGAAUUUUCCCUUCGACUGGGAACAAAUGAUUCAGGGGAAUAUCGGGAUGUCCCUGAGGUCUUUCAAGCGGCUGGUGUUCAAUAGAUACGAGCUGCAGAAUGAAAAAGAGGUGGAACCAGAUCAGAUAGAGUUGGUGGAAAAGUUGAAGGCUUUUUAUGAUCCCGAAACAUCUUGACUGUUGGUGAUGAUUGUGCUGGU